UUAUCACCUGUCAGUGUGACAAGCGUGACUUGUGUGUAGUUUUGCUUGUGUGUGUUUUUGGUUUUUUGGGCAUCUUUUUGUUUCGAUCUUGCGAUUUGGUUUGGCAAGAACUUGGGCACCAUCAGCAUUACUUACCGUGAUAUUUCUUGCUAUCCUUUUGUGAGGUUCUAAUUCUAAAGGUUGUUAAAGUGGUUUCUAGAAUUUGAUAGUAAAAAUGACUGCGCCUAUGGAAAGGAUCCAAAUACUGGAUGAUAUUGAAAAAGAUAUAAUAACAUGUCUCCAAUGUGCAGCUCAAGCACUGCUGGAGCUGAGCAAAGAAAAGUCGGGUCAAAAACAAGCGGAAACAAACACUUCACAAUUUCUGAGAACUUUGAGUCAAGUGGAAUCGAAGCUAAGUGAUCAGAUCAACUAUUUGACUCAAGUUUCUACCGGGCAACCUCAUGAAGGAUCAGGUUAUGCGUCACAGAAAGUUUUGCAGAUGGCAUGGCAUAGACUGGAGCAUGUCCGCUCUUGGGUGAAUGAGCUGGACCGCCUGAAGGCUUCUCACCUGUCUGCCACAAGAUCAGUGUCAGGAAAUGUACAGAAUGGCAACAUGACAUCUUCAAGCACCAGUACUUGAUACAAACUGUAACUUUUCAAGUGUUAUGCAAGAGACUAUGUGCAUAGAACUGCAUUCUUGUUAUCUACACUAAUUUACACAAGUGAUUGUGAAUGUAUUCUGUAUUCUGGCCAUGUGUAAGCCAAGACUCUUCUUUGUUUUAGUUAAAAGUGUUAAAUUAAUAAAGAAAAUACAUACCACAUUAAGAGUUGGUUCAUGUCUGACGUAAAAUAUGUCGAGCUUAGCAUUGGUCGCACUAACAUAUCAUCGGUCGAGUGUGAACUGUCAAGAGUUUUUCUAUACAUUUAUCUGUUCUGGCGUUAUGCGACCGAUAAUAUGCAACGCAUGUUUCAUCAGAUAUGAAUGAACCCUUACUUAAAAUUGCUUAAAUAAAUAUUCUGUAGUAAUUGUAGGCUAAUGCUAUUAAUUAUAUGAUAUUAAUGUUUCGCAUCUGAAUAUUUGUGUAAUAGUCAUUUAAUUAUAAUAAAUAAUGUAUUGAGAAUAAUUUAGUAAACUAAAUAGAAUUUUAUAUCCUUAAUUGUACCAAUAAUAUACAAUUUAAAAAGAUGCGUAAAUUCAUUGAUUGUAGUAAAUACUGUAUAACUGUAUUUGUUAGUUUUUGGAAAUGUAUCACACACUAUAAUGCACAAUAAAUGAUAUCAUUAAAUCAUUAUAAAAUUCA